GGUUAUAUUUGCUGGCUGUGCACUGCCUGCCUGGCUGGAAGAAAAGCCUAUAGGAGAGACUGCCUGCCUGGCUGGAAGAAAAGACUAUAGGAGAGACUGCCUGCCUGGCUGGAAGAAAAGCCUAUAGGAGAGACUGCCUGGCUGGCUGGAAGAAAAGCCUAUAGGAGAGACUGCCUGUGGCUCAACAAUAGGAUUACAGUACCUAGGGCCUUGUGUGGGGGAACAGUGAGAUUUGACUUGAAGGGAUCCUCGUAGACACACUUUUCCAUAGUUGAUGUAGCUACCGGGGGUGUUUUUCUCUUCUCACUGAGUUGGUGGAGAGAGAGAUACAGACCUCUUCCACUUAAUAAUUCCAGUCCUGAAGGGCUGCAGUGAUGYGCUGAAGACCCUGAUAACCAUUUGAUAACAGACCCUGAUAACCAUUUAACUGAUAGUCAACUUCUCUCCCCAGUACUGCUACCCCAGGGAACUAGACACCAGAUGACCUUCCUCGGGCUCUGGAUUUAGACUGGUGUGUGUGUGGACAUGUCAGUUUACACACGUGUGAGGGAGAAGGAAAAACAGCGGAACCAUUUGCUUAGAUGGUUAGAAAAUCAAUGGUGAGAGUCCCUGGACUAACAGGGACCCUUGCUCCACCUGUACUCUGUCUGUGUGACCAGUCAAUGUUGUCCUUGUAUUUGAAAGCUGCCUCAUCAGGCCAUAGACAGACAUGAUACUAAUACCUUGAACUGAUGCCGAUGUGUAAUAUUGCUGCUCUGAAAGUUAUUCAACUGCCAUCAAAUCUAGAAGCUUGUCUUGCAAUUGGUUACUUAUCAGUAAAGUUUGUGCAUUUUUAUUAGCUACAGUAUAUCAUUCAAUGUCAUCAUCAAAUUCAUCAUAUCAUCAGAAUCAUCUUAAUGUUUUAACCCUUAACCUGCGUUAUCCACAAUUCCCAGUAUGCAAAUCCCAAAUCUGUUUAUGCCGCCAUCCAAACCCACCCCCUUUAGCACCCCAGACCCACCCCCUUUAGCAUAGCACCCCAGACCCACCCCCUUUAGCAUAGCACCCCAGACCCACCCCUUUAGCAUAGCACCCCAGACCGGUUUGAAGGGAGAUCUGUCAGAUUGUACUAAACCAGAAGCCAGCAUCGCUUAACGGAAAGGGGCGCCCAUCGAGUUGUAGCGGCUUUUUUGCAAGACAAUCCAUCGUAGCGUUGAAGUUGAUGCAAGGAAAAAUGAACAUAUAAUAAAAUCCGUGUGGAAUACUGAAACCAAAAACCUUUAUGGGGACGCGCGCUUUUUAGCACGUCAAUGAUCGUAUCUUCCAAAACUUUCCUCUUAACGCACAAACCUGAAAAAACUCGACACGUUGUAAAAUAAUCACUAGCGUUCAAAAUAUAGACUGUCAUCCGCUGGAAAAUUAUACGGUUUUUGAAAUUGCCGUUGUUCUAUUCUUAACCAGUUCAAUACCAAAUAUAGUCAUUGUGUUAAUAUGAAAUGUCCUUGAACGGUGCUCUGGUUUGGGGUAACGUUGCCAAAGUUUAUAAUUAAAAACGCUGAGAUAAGUAAUUUAAUCACUUGCACGUGACACAUUUUAUGUUUGAUUAUACAACCCACGAGCACUAAUUUAGAGUAUAGGGUCCCAGCUAAUUCUGUUUUCUCAAGUUUGCAAGGCUCGUGUCUCCAGAUUGUAUUACCCCUGCMGAGCACGCCGAUGUAAUAGGCUACAUCUCGGCCGUUUUGUUUGAAUGACUGACAACCGAAACCGUUUUUAAUCCUCUGGUUUUUACUACGACUUUUUUAAGCAAAUUUGCACAUACCUCGAUCUGUGUUGACCAUAGAUUUCGCCGCUUAUCUUAUAGAAAACGUUUUUAUAUAAUUGUCCAUUAUAUUUAUAACGCGAAGGAGCCAAAAAAUCGGAUUUUUCAAAAUGAUCAACAACAGUGCAGAUUCAUCCUCAGUACGGGUUUUAUUAUCCACACUUGUUUUGAUGCUCGGUUUGGCUGCGCGAUGCGUCGGGCAGGCCAUGCCGUCCAAAGAGAGCCCUCAAGCGGACCCAGCGUCAUUCAGUCUCCGGUCCCUGGUCACGGGGACCUGCGAAGAUGUCCACAGAUACGUGGAAUCCGUGGUGGGAACCAAUGUGAUCGAGUCGACUGUUGAGUUCUUUGAGAUGUUGAGCCGGUUUCUGGCUGAGGGAGCUGCCAGCGGACUGAAUAUCUUCGCUCUUUACGUCACAGAUAUCCUCAGGGUCACAGGAGUUGAUGUCCACCUGCCGUUCCCUCACUUCACCGCAGAGGGCGUGGCCUCGGCUGGUCAGUGGGCUCUGCUGGCUCUGAUUGGCUACUGGGUGCUGUCCAUCAUCUUGCGCCUGCUGGUGGGUGUGGUGAGGAGGGUGUUCUGGAUGCUGAAGGCGGGCAUGGCGCUGUGGCUCUUUGGCCUGAUCGUCAGUGAUGCCAAGGCUGGUUCAGACACCACAGCCGUCCGGCUAGCAAGCCUGGUGCUGGGGUGUGCCCUGCUGGGGCUGGCCAGCUCUGGAUCAGAAAAGACAGUUCAAGUGGAAGACCGCAUGAGCAUCCUGGAGGGAAGGGUGAAGGUGGUGGAGAGGAGGAAGGGAGAGGAGUGAUGGAAGGAGAGGGGGGGAGGAUAGUUGUAAAGGAUGGUGGUGCUGAAGGGGGUCUGUGUCAGUUUCUCAAAUGAAAUAAAGCAACCACCACGAUUUC